AUGAUGAGACAAUUCAGAGAGACACAUGGUAACUUAGAGAGUGUAAUAGAAAGAUGGAAAGAAUGCAUUUCUGAAUGUAUAUCAAUACUAUGCAAUCAGUACAACAUACCUCCACUUGAAAUAUUCAAGGCCUUUCCUCUUAGAAAAUGGGGCUUUGACAUAGAAGAAUAUGGAGGCUGUGAAGAGGACCUCCUGCAAAACAAUGAAGAUCAACAAGAAUAA